AUGGCAGUCAAGGUCAUGUGCAAGCGACAGGUUCUGGAGUGGAACCAGGAGCGGCAUGUGCUGCAAGAACGCAAGAUCAUUUCCAAGCUGCAUCACCCCCUGAUAGUCCAGUGUUACGGCGCCUUUCAAGAUCUCAAGCACUUGUACUUGAUUCUCGAAUUUGUCCCCGGCGGUGACUUGUACCAGUAUCUGCACGAGCAAACACGAUUCGAGGAGCCCAAGGCCCGGUUUUAUGCUGCCGAAGUGAUUUGUGCGCUGGGGUACAUCCAUUCGGCACAUCAGACAAUCUACCGAGACCUGAAGCCCGAGAACAUCCUUGUUACCGAACAAGGACACAUCAAGCUCACGGACUUCGGCUUUGCAAAGAUGGGCACCUCUGCAAACUCGUUUUGCGGCACACCGAGCUACAUGGCGCCAGAAAUGAUCCUGCGGAAGGACUACACAGCUGCAGUCGAUUGGUGGGCGUGCGGGAUCCUGAUCUUCGAAAUGAUCUCGGGAUACGCACCCUUCCAGGGCGAGACUAGCAAGGAGAGCUUCGAGAAGAUCCUGGGGGGACAGAUCAAGUGGCCGGUACACGUCCCUGUGGGGCCGAUCCGGGAUAUCCUGAAGGGGCUGCUCGCCGCCAACCCCCUGAAGCGCUUGGGAUCCAAGAGCGAUGCCAAGGACCUCAAGUCCCAUCCGUGGUUCAUCGGCGUGGACUGGGCUGUGGUCGACUGCGGUGGUGCUCGCCCACCGUUCCAAGUCACUUCCAAGUCAUCCUUCAACGUCGCCGCCGCCAAGGAUGACCCCAAGGAGGAGAUCAGCAUCGACGACCUGGACUUUUCCGACAGCGCCAAUCCCGAUUAUCCGUGCGGCGACAACCUCAACCACGACGACAGCAUCUUUGAGAGCUGGUAGAUUUCCGUCGGACGAUGGGAGCCAAGCGCCUGUCACCCUUGGCAGCCCAGGGAUGAGCACAGUGGCCGUUGGAUACCGGAACGAGCGUCUCGAGAUACAGGUGCCGGUGCACACUCUCGGGCGAACACAUGGCGCCCUGGUCGAGCACGAGUCGAGUAGCUUGCGAACCAUCUGCAAACCCGCUGGGAUGGUGAUUAGCGGCAGCGGCUUGACAAAGCGCCGAUGACCAUUGCUGUGCGGCAAGCACAAGGCA